CUCUUAGUAUCCCACAGAUGACGUACUUCCUUCAGCGACAGUAAAACAUUCAAAACAUUCAUCUGUGGACUGGUACACCGGCUUUUAUCGCGUGUUUUACUGCUGGGAUUGAACACAAUGGCGCUGGAGACGGUUCCUAAAGACCUGCGACACCUGAGAGCGUGUCUCCUGUGUUCGCUGGUGAAGACCAUUGACCAGUUUGAGUAUGACGGCUGUGACAACUGCGAGUCGUACCUCCAGAUGAAGGGGAACCGAGAGAUGGUGUAUGAAUGCACAAGUUCCUCGUUUGACGGUGUGAUAUCCAUGAUGAGUCCAGAAGACAGCUGGGUAGCUAAAUGGCAGAGGAUAGGAAACUUCAAGCCAGGCGUAUAUGCUGUGUCAGUGACAGGCAGACUACCUCCAGGCGUGGUGCGAGAGUUGAAAAGCAGAGGAGUGAUAUACAAAUCCAGAGAAACAGCAGUGAAGACAUAAAGCCAACAGCUUCCAGUUUAUGUCAUGUCGAGUGAUAUCGUUGUGCAGCAACCCCAAGACGAGAAACUACAACAUCAAUUCUUCUUUUUUGUUGGGAUUAGGAAUGUCAGCAUAAUGAUUAUAUGUCAGAUAAGGGGGUGUUUUGUAUUUCUUUGAGUUAUUGAGAAAAAUAAAAAAUCGGUUUUAUAGGAAA